AUGCAAUCAUAUACUGUGUACAUUUGCUCAUUCAUCCUUGUGCAUUUGAUCGGGAGCAUGAGAGUUCGUCAAAGGAAUGCUGCUACACACUCGACAGUGGCACUAUCCCGCCGAGACUGUGGUGCAACACGGGUGACACGAUUCGUACACAGCAAGUGGCGCGGUGUAUCUCUACCCCUGCUCAAACAGCAUGCCAGUACAACCAAAUCAUCUUGCAACGAAAUUCCCAGGUUCAAUGAAAUUCUGGACUAUCACAAGAUCCAUGGCACCACCAUAUACACCACACCAGACACAAAGCCUUCGCCAGUACUAGGCAAACACCCUGCUAGCUGA